GGAUUUAAUUUUUAUUUUCCUUAUUCUAGGUUUUCUGCGGAAAGUCUACAGCAUUCUUUCUAUCCAAGUUCUACUGACCACAGUCACAUCUGCAAUUUUUCUAUACUCUACUGGACUGCAGGCAUUUGUUCAUGAAAGACCUGCCUUGCUUUUGAUAUCUGGGAUUGGAUCUUUGGCAAUAAUUGUGGCACUGACCCUCUACAGACACCAGCACCCUGUUAAUUUAUACCUGCUUUUUGGAUUUACCCUACUGGAAGCACUGACAGUUGCCAUUACAGUGAGUUUCUAUGAUGUCUCCAUCGUCUUGCAAGCCUUUAUUCUUACUACUGCUGUAUUUCUUGGAUUGACUGCUUAUACCUUGCAGUCAAAGAGAGACUUCAGCAAGUUUGGAGCAGGCCUCUUCGCUUGUUUGUGGAUUUUAAUCUUCUCUGGUUUCUUGAGGCUGUUUUUCUAUAGUGAGACAGUAGAGUUGGUGUUUGCUGCUGCUGGAGCUCUUCUCUUCUGUGGAUUUAUUAUUUAUGACACUCAUUUGCUGAUGCACAAAUUGUCCCCUGAAGAGUACAUACUGGCUGCAAUCAAUCUCUACUUGGACAUCAUCAAUCUGUUCUUACACCUGCUGCGUUUACUGGAGGCAUUUAAUAAAAAAUAGUCAAACCCAGUAUGGUUUGGCUAUAACAUAAUUAAAGUUAAGCAUUUGGAUGAUCUACAAACUCAGUAGUUCUGUCUUCUAGGGACUGAAUCUUUAUUACUUUUUCAUUCCAUGAAUAUUGAUCCCUCCUUAGGGAAAAAAAAGGCUUAGCUACGGUUCUUCUGUAGAGCAAAUAUUUUAUGUAGUUAACAUGCUGUCACCAUUUCAGUCACUUUUUUGAUCACUUAAUUUGCACUUGACAUAAUUAAUGAUGAGAAAGUUUGCGAACUUCUGAUUGCCGCAGAGUAAGCCUCUCUCUGCUGUUCUGUAGCUGCUGGAAAUGUUUCCUUUGGGAUUGAUUUUAAGUGUGUAUACCACAUAAGGGUAGCCUGAGUUUACUAUUGUGCAAUGUUUUACUAAGGUAAUUUUUUUCUAUUUUUGGUAAAAUGGAAUUGUGUCUGUGACAGAAAUACUCUGUUCUUGCUAAGGGCUGUCACUAUGUAAGCUGUGAGGGUGUUAAAACAAUUAAAGGGAAUAUUCUU